UUGUAGCCUCUGCACCUGUGUUUAUUUGGACAGCAGAGGGAGACUGCUUCUUGCCUUUUGUCUACUGGGAGAGGAUUGAGGAAGCAGAUUUGGUUGAUGUUGGGACUUGUAGGACUUGUAAGGAAACUGUCUUUCUCUUUGAUAUACUUUUGUGCUGACAUAGUAUUUUCAGUUGCCAGGGAAUCAGCUUGUAAAGAGAUGAGCUUUGGACAUUCCUCCUGUCUCUGCCAUCCUAAUACUGCAGCUUUGUUGAUUGGCUUCAGGCUGUGUGGACUUUCUCUCCUGUCUGCCCAGGUGUACUCCGGUUGUGGCAUUGUGUACUGCAGGAUGCGGGAUAUGUGUGACCAGCUGGCUACUGAGCUGAGCUACCGAGGAGUGAAAGCCAAGGCUUAUCAUGCAGGACUCAAGGCAGCUGACAGGACUUUAAUCCAGAAUGAGUGGAUGGAGGAGAAGAUCCCUGUAAUUGUUGCAACCAUCAGUUUUGGAAUGGGAGUAGACAAAGCCAACGUCAGAUUUGUUGCCCACUGGAAUAUUGCUAAGUCAAUGGCUGGAUAUUACCAAGAGUCUGGCAGAGCUGGGAGAGAUGGGAAGCCAUCCUGCUGUCGCCUAUAUUACUCAAGGCAUGAGAGGGAUCAAGUCAGCUUUCUGAUUAAGAAGGAGCUCUCUAACAUCCAGGAAAAAGAAGGCACCUUAAAAGAAUCUGACAAAGCUGUGAUGACAGCUUUUGAUGCCAUUGUGAACUUCUGUGAGGAGCUGGGAUGUCGCCAUGCUGCCAUAGCAAAGUACUUUGGGGAUGUCACCCCUCCUUGUAACAAGUGCUGUGACUACUGCAAGAACCCAGCAGCAGUGAAAAGACAAUGGGAGUCACUGGAGCGGUGCAGCAACAGCUGGAGCAGAACCUGCAUUGGGCCCACGAGCUCCUCUUGGGAGGGCUAUGACCCAGAACUGUAUGAAGGCGGAAGAAGAGGUUGCAGAGGUUUUAGCAGAUAUGAUGAAGAAAGCAGUGGGAAUGCGGAUGAAGCCAAUGAAGAGAGUCGGAAACGGGAGUGGAACAGCUUCUACAGAAAGCAGAUGAGUCUGCGCAGAGGCAAAGAACCAGAAAAGGAAGAUUUUGUUCCUCCAAGUGCAGACUGUCCCUUGAAGGAUGCCAUCAGCAGGAGAAUCUCUAAGCUCACAGUGAAGGGACGGGAGCACUGCUUGAAGAUGCUGGAAGAAGCUUUGAGCACCAAUCAAAAGGUUCUAGCAGCAGCAGGAGAAGGCAAUUCACUGCCCCAUUCCUUAGGAUUUACUUGGAAGUUAUCACUUGUUCUUGCACCAGAGAGAGUCUGUUUUGUGAUGCCUGGGAGGUGCUUAACCAUAAGUGUUCCCUUUGCAAAUCUAGAAGUGUGUCUUGCCAGAAAUCACCCUAGCCUGUGUUACAGGUCAGACCCUCACGCCUGUGCCGUGGAGCUGGAGUAUGAAGCUUUCCGAACCAGUAAAAUGGCGAACUCAUACAAGGCAACUGUGCUAAAGAAGGUAGCAGAAAUCAACAAAGCCUCAAAACAAGGAGAGUUGUUCUCAGUCUUUGGGUCUGCAACUGGUAGCAAGAGCAACUUGGAAACAAAAUCUGAGUCUGCAGCAGAAGAGGACUUCCUCCCUGCAUCCCAGGUUUACUCAUUCAAACCCAAGCGUGUGGGAGCAGGAUUUCCAAGGAGAUCCAGUUUGUUCCAGACAGCUUCUGAACUGCUGAAGAUCCAGGAGAAGAGUGAUGCAAAGCCUGACAAAAAAGAAGCAGACUGUCCAAAUGGACAAGACAACAGUAACUGCAGUCUGGAGCUGGACACCAGGAGCCCUGUUCUCCAGAAGAAAGAAAUAGCAAUGUGUGAGAGUGCUGGUGUGGAAGUACUCCAUCCUGAAAAGAAGGAGCAGCAACCCAAUCCAGACACAAAAGCUGCCCUUUUGAGGGGCCCUAAUAAGAAGUCCAAACGUAGCAAAAAGCAGCAAAUGCUCACAGAAGCAGCUAAAAAAGAAUCACAGGAUAUUUCCAAAUUCUUCUCCCUCCACAAAGGUGGGUUUAAAGCCAAAAGCUGCAGCUCAGCAAAGGAAGGUGGCUGUUCUGCAAGCACACUACCUCAGGUUUCUUCUCAAACCGUGUGUCAAGAGAAACCAACACCUCAGGAAAACAAAGGAGAAGAUGUGAUUGGACAACCCCAGGCAGAGAGUGAAGAACUGGAAGAGGCACAAGUAGCACUGACUGAGAGAGAACAGGAUUUCAAGACCCCUCAGGCUGAUGAAUCUGAGAUCCUUCAGGAAGAAACUGAUGUGAAACCCAGUGCUGAUGAAAAUGUCACAGAAACUGAGCUAACUUUUGCUGAGGAAAGUGGGAGUAGGAAGCGACCAGGAUCAGAUGAGGAUAUAGAAAUUCCUGCAACAAAGCUGCUACGGACAGCUGCAAAAUCUUCAAUUCUGUCCCAGCCAGAAAGCAGAAGUGUCGGUCUAACAAAGAAGAAGGUGACUUUUGAUCCAAACUUAUUGCAGUGUGAUAAAGAAGGAACCAGCAGGACCAUACAGGCAGUGACCAAGGCUAUGUCCCUCAAAGAGACAGCAGACAUCGUUGUCAAAUAUUUGACCCCAUUCUACAAGGAUGGCAAAUUUGCUUCCAAGGAUCUGUUCAAAGGCUUUGCUCGGCACCUGUCUCACUUACUGACCGAAGAGCAGAACCCAGCCCGCAAGACUGGUGGUGCUUCCUCUCUUGCAGUGAAGGAGGAAGCACAGAGACUCAUCAAGGAGUUUUUCAAAACAAGGGUCAGGUGUGAGAGUGAGACAGACUGGCAGGAGCUGCAGAGCUCCGGGAGCUGACUCUCAGAUCACGUUGGCUGCCCUCCUCCAGUGGUGCGACCAGGGGAGCUUGAAGAACUCACCCAUGGAGGGUUUCAUGGACUUGCAGAACUGAGCUUGCUUUUCCAACAGCAUUUUUGCUCACUUCUGAUCUUAGUGACACACAGUUCCAGGAAACCAGUUUCUGUGGACGUAUGGAGAGUUUCUCCAGUAAGUGGGGUGCUGAAGCCCAGUGCUCACACCUUGCUAAGAGGUGUGAGCUACUCAUCUGUUGUGUAGGUUAGGGGCAACCACCCCAGAUGUUCUGCAGUGUCUCCAACCUCUAUGCAGCAGUUUGCUCAGACUUUCCAACAGGCACUCUGCUUUCGGAUGGCAUCUUGCUUCCUAGAUAGGUCCUCUCCUGCUCCCCCAUCCCUUAGUUCUUAUUCCAAUGUUGCCAGUAGAAGCCUUAUACUAGAAAUUCACAUGCUUUGCUCAGGGCUGCCAAUGAUAAAGUUGAUGAUUGAGUUCUUGGAUGGACAGGAGAGGAGCAUUUUGUUUCUCCCAUACAGGCAAUGUAUACUUGCUGAAGGUGGAGAAACUCAAUUUCUUUUUUCUUUUAAUCUGAACUUCUCUUUUUUGACUUUGUCUAGUUCUUCCUGCCCUUUAAUAUUAAGCGGUGAUGCUUUUUCAGUAUUAACCUCUCCAAUAGUAGCACCAAGGUUGCCAACACUUUUCCAGCGUUUGCUUGUAACCCCUAAAGCCAUAUUUGCUACCUGUGCCUCACCUGCAGUCUGCAAUACCGAAGGCAGUGGUGCUGUUACAACUGGUUAAGGUACCACUGUGGCCCUCAAAUUGACACUAUGGUGUGUCUGCUGCUAUAUUUAUAUAAGAAUCUGAACUUUAGGGCAUCAGUGGGCUUGAAAUAACCCAAUUCCCUGGCACAGGUUCUUUCUGUUCAGUUGUUACUGGGUUCUGCUUUUGUUCCAUUCUCAUAGAGGUUGGUGGCCUCAGGCACUAGUGCUGCUGGAGGAAUCUGCAGCCUCAGAGGCCAUCAAAUGCCUUUUAGAUCACUGUACUCAAUGGGUGUAUUUUUUUUUAAUGUACUGAAGGCUACAUGUGGAACUGACAAUAAACCAGUGUUAGAGCUGUUGUGGACUCUUCCUGGAAGCUUUUUGUUACCACUCAUUCAUAUGGACUGGUCUCAGAUACAUUAGGACGUCAUCGCUGUGAACAUAGACAUGAAAGCUCAUUUCAUAUCUGAACAGACAGCUAAUAAAUGCAAGCCUGGGAGGGGCUGGAUGGGAAGCGCGUGCCCACAGAUACCUCCACCCCUUUACUGCUGCAGGACUUCUCCAGCUAGGAGCAAGUGGAGAACCUGGAAAUGUUUAACUCAAAGUCACUUUCAUCUUCAGCUUGCCCUUGUCAGUGGAGGCCAAAGGGCUUUACAAGAAGCCUUUUACACAAUACAAGUGUUUUUUAGCUGUUGCCUGCUAGUUUCUGGUUUACCUUCCCAUGAAAAAUCCUGUUUUGUCAGCGAA